AUGGAAAAUCACGAGGAAUACGAAGUUGAGGCAAUUCUGGAUAUGGGAAUAUGUCCAAAAGGCAAAACAUGGUACCUUAUCAAGUGGAUUGGGUACAAAGAAUCCACAUGGACUUUUUACAAAGAUAUGGGCGAUGGAUGUGCUGAUAUAAUGAGAAAAUUCUUGAAAGACUUCAAAAAAUCCAACCGUGCACCAGUUGAGUUGGUGGUAACCAAUCCAUUCACUGCGGAGCCAGAAGAAUCCGAUGAAGAUUUUGCUAAUGAAGUAGUUGAGCCCCCUCCGCUUCAAAAUGAGAAUUGUUCACCAGCUUCAUCUUCUCAUUGUCAUGGCCAAUUUUCUGCUCCAGCUUCAUCUUCUCAUUGUGAUGGUCAACAUUUUUCGCCAGCAUCAUCACUUCAUCUCCAUUAUUCGUAA